UGUCUGGACGCGCUGGGUGGAUGCGGGGGGCUCCUGGGAACUGGGUUGGAGCUGAACGAGCGCUAGCCAGGCGUAAGCGCGCACACACUGCAGCCGCCCGAGGACAACCCCCUCCCGCCGCCGCCCCCUCAGCCCACCCGGAGACCCCAGCGCCGAGUCGCCUCCGGAUCCCCGGCAGUCUGCGGGAGUGUUGGAGGUUGGUGCGACUCUGUGCUCCCCACGGGAAGGAAGCACUCCCCCACAUUAAAAAGAGCGGAGAGGAAAGUGGUCAGUCACCGCCCGGGAGGCGAACAGAUGCCCAGCUGCACCGCGUCCACCAUGCCGGGGAUGAUCUGCAAGAACCCAGACCUCGAGUUUGACUCGCUGCAGCCCUGCUUCUAUCCGGACGAGGAUGACUUCUACUUCGGCGGUCCCGAUUCGACCCCACCGGGGGAGGACAUCUGGAAGAAGUUUGAGCUGCUGCCCACGCCCCCGUUGUCGCCCAGCCGCGCCUUCCCAGAGCACAGCCCGGAGCCCUCGAAUUGGGCUACGGAGAUGCUGCUGCCGGAGGCCGAUCUGUGGGGCAACCCAGCAGAAGAGGAUGCAUUCGGUCUGGGGGGACUGAGUAGUCUCACCCCUAACCCAGUCAUCCUUCAGGACUGUAUGUGGAGCGGCUUCUCCGCCCGCGAGAAGCUGGAGCGUGCGGUGAACGAGAAGCUGCAGCACGGCCACGGGCCACCGGGCGCCGGCACAGCCUGCCCGGCUCCGGGAGUGAGUGCCAGCAGCCCCGGGGGCCGUGCCCUUAACGGGACGGCGAGUGCUGGCCGCACCGGGGCCACCCUGCCCACCGAUCUCUCCCACCCGGCUGCGGAGUGCGUGGACCCCGCCGUGGUCUUCCCCUUCCCAGUGAACAAGCGUGAACCGGCACCAGUGUCCGCUACUCCCAUCAGUGCCCCUGCGACCAGCGCUGUGGUCACUACUGUGUCUGCUCCGGCUGCUGCCCCGGUGGCCGCUCCUGCUCGUGCAGGCGGCCGUCCAGCCAACAGUGGCGAGCACAAGGCCCUCAGUACCUCCGGAGAGGACACCUUGAGCGACUCAGAUGAUGAAGAUGACGAGGAGGAAGAUGAAGAGGAGGAAAUAGAUGUGGUCACGGUGGAGAAGAGACGCUCCUCCUCUAAUAACAAGGCUGUCACCACCUUCACCAUUACUGUGCGUCCCAAGACCUCAGCUCUGGGUAUGGGGCGAGCACAGGCUGGCGAGCUGAUCCUCAAGCGCUGUGUUCCCAUCCAUCAGCAGCACAAUUACGCUGCGCCCUCACCCUAUGUCGAGAGCGAGGACGCGCCACCGCAGAAGAAACUCAAGAGCGAGGCUUCUCCACGCCCCCUCAAGAAUGUUGUCCCAGCGAAAGCUAAGAACUUGAGCCCCCGAAACUCAGACUCAGAGGACAGCGAGAGACGCCGCAACCACAACAUCCUGGAGCGCCAGCGCCGCAACGACCUGCGCUCCAGCUUCCUGACGCUCAGGGACCAUGUGCCUGAGCUGGUGAAGAACGAGAAGGCUGCCAAGGUGGUCAUCUUGAAAAAAGCCACCGAGUACGUCCACGCCCUGCAGGCCAACGAGCACCAGCUCCUGCUGGAAAAGGAGAAACUGCAGGCCAGGCAGCAGCAGUUGCUAAAGAAGAUCGAACAUGCUCGGACUUGCUAAACGCUUCUCACACGGACAGUCACUGCCACUUUGCACAUUUUGAUUUUUUUUUUUUUUAAACAAACAUUGUGUUGACAUUAAGAAUGUUGGUUUACUUUCAAAUCGGUCUCCUGUCGAGUUUGGAUCUUGGGACAGGACACGGGGUUCUGCCAUGACCUUGGGGGCGGGGGGCUGAGUUCUGGAAUGCUGGGUGGCUUGUUUCCUCCUCCACAUCACCUGGUGACAGCCAUGGAAGUUCCGGGACAGUUGGGAGCUUCAGGAGGCUGUGAAGUCACCUUGUUCUGGUCCAAGCUUCCAAACAGUCAUUCCUUCUUUUUACAAUGGUGCUUAAGUUCCAGCAGACGCCACAGAAGGGGUUUGCCAUUUGAUGCCCCUGGGAACACUUGUGUAAAUACCAUUGAUACACCGCCUUUUGUAUACGUCCUGGGUAAUGAGAGGUGGCUCUUGCGGCCAGUAUUAGACUGGAAGUUCACACCUAAGUACUGUAAGAAUACCUCAAUGUUUGAGGAGCAUGUUUUGUAUACAAAUAUAUUGUUAAUCUGUUAUGUACUGUACUAAUUCCUACACGGCCUGUAUACUUUAAUAUGAUGCUGAUACAUAACUAAAUUUGAUACUUAUAUUUUCGUAUGAAAAUGAGUUGUGAAAGUUUUGAGUAGAUAUUACUUUAUCACUUUUUGAACUAAGAAACUUUUGUAAAGAAAUUUUACUAUAUAUAUAUUCCUUUUUUUUCCUAGCCUGUUUCUUCCUUGUUACUGUAUUUGUUCAUGUUUGGUGCAUAGAACUGGGUAAAAAUGGCAAAGUUCUGUGUUUAAUUUCUUCAAAAUGUAUAUAUUUAGUGCUGCACCUUAUAGCACUUUGAAAUACCUCAUGUUUAUGAAAAUAAA